CUCACCCCCCAGGACGGAUAUGCCUAGCCAGACAUCCUCCAGCAGCCGAGUCAUGCCGGAGCAGAGGAAAGCAGGAAGAAAAGGAUCACAAGCAGCAGUCCCUGCAGAGGAACUGCCUCCUUAUGAGCCUGACAUUCCUGAGCCUACCACCAGGGCAGAGCUGGUGAAGUAUUGGAUGCCUGUGUCUCUGGAUGACAGAACUUCUCAGAAGAUGCUCUGGCUCUCAGACAGCGGAUCCAAAGUUUCACGGAUGAAAGAUGUGGCGUGUCCUGUCCUGGACAGACCUGAAAGAUAUGAACAUGCCCCACAGGUGCUGUGUAAGGAGGGGGUGUUUGGGAGGCGGGGGUACUGGGAGGUAGAGCACGAGGGCUGGGUGGUGAUCGGGGUGGUGUACGAGAGCUCCGGGCGCAAGGUUAAAGAUGGCCCCUGCGGCCUGGGCGAAAAUGCCAUGUCGUGGGCCGUGGGCUGGGGUGGGUCCUGCUACCAAGCCUGGCACAACGGCGAGAACGUGGAGAUCCCUGGGACCCUGUGCAACGCCAUAGGGGUGUACGUGGAUCAGCCAGCCGGCAUCAUCAGCUUCUACCUGGUGGAGGGUGGCCAGGGCGAGCCCCGGGAGGUGCGCCUGAUACACAGCUUUAAAACCUCCUUAACUGACAAGCUGCUUCCUGGCUUCUGGGUGGGGCAGAAAUCCUACUGCUCUAUCCUGAAGAAGGAUCAGUGACAGGGAGGAGCAGAGAAUGAUGCAGAGGGGUGGGGUAAGAUGGGUGGAGAAACAGAUGGAGUCGACAGAGAGAUGCGUCUCAUGUGAAGGCGUUUAAGGAGGAUGGUGAUACCUGGGCAAUGCUGGGCAGAAAGCAUGUAAAAGUGCCAGCGAGUCCGCAGCCUGCAGAAAUUGCUAGAACUUUUUGCCGUUCAUCUUAAGGCUGUUUGACUUAUGCAGAACAGAGGCAGCGUAGAGAAGAAGGAAGCAGAUUAGCAUAAUCUCCAUUUAGAAAGGGGACGGGAGUAGAAACUGGGAAAUCUUUUAAUCUGUGUAGAAUUCAUCGUACUUUAUACAGUAUGACAAACCUGCAUGCUGUAGUGUCAAAGAUAAGAAGAAAAAAAGCCUUAUUAUAUUACAUUGAAUAUCAGAUGAAAAAAAAGCCUUAUAUUACAUUUAAUAUCAGAUGAAAAAACAUUUUAUGUGCCCCCAAAUCUGACGUGCAGAUAGGUAUUAAAAUAUUUUACUUCUGUAAAGCAUUUCUGUUGAUAAUUGUGAAUUAAAGUUUUGUCUUUCUGUGGGGGCCUAAAUAAUUGUUUUAUCCCAUGUCUUGAUGUAUGUACUAUUUAAGUAGAGAACAAAUUGUGAUUAAAUACAGCAGUUAA